AUGGCACAAAGGAGUAAGUCAUUUCGUUUUAGGAUCCCAUGGCUAUCAGUACCAUCUGAAUCAUUCGCUCGUCGUGCAAGAGAUAAACCAAAAUCUCCUCCCCACUCAGACACAAGUGUACCUAUUCAUAGACCAUCUAAGCCUUCUUUGGUAGCACCAUCAGACCUAUCUCCUCCCAGUGCAUCCAAAACCGAAGAACCCCCAAGAGCUGAACCUCAAAAUCAGUCACCAACACAUCCACCACAAUCUUCAUCGAGUAUUGAGUCCCCAGUGACUACUCAACCAAAGCCCCCUUUUCCACAGCCACCACUUCGACCUUUAUCUCAUGAAGACUCACUAUCUGAGUCCUAUAUUGCACCCUCAUCCCCCAAAACUCAUUUGGCCUCAGAUAAUGGAGCCUUGAAGGUGCCAAAGAUUGUUGCUGAAGCAUCCACUCCUCCCUCAUCAUCUUCCUCUGAAGAAGAAAUCUUGUCUAAACCAACAUCACAAGAAGCUGAGCCGAAGGUAGAAUCAUCACUGAGAACAAUCUCCAAGUUACCAGAAACAUCUUUUCAACCCGAGAGGAUGUCAAGUCAGCCUACAGACACCGAACAACAAAUUUCUUCUUUGCCCUCUUCAUCCUCAGUUUCAAAAAUUGAACCAACCACUCAUCCAUCAUCUCCUUUGCCCUCAAAGGACGUUAAAACUGAAGAAACCACACCUCAAGAAGAAAAGAAGAUGGAAGUUCCACAAGAAGAAAAACCAAAGAUAAAGUCACCUUUGAAAACCGUCACCAAGUCACCAGAGAUUUCUUCUCAACCUGAGAAUCUGUCCACACAGCCUCCAGCAAUUGAGCAAAGAUCAACAGCAUCAAAAAGCAAGUCUCUUCAAUCUGAAGAAAAGGAAAAAGCGGUCCCCCAAACCACUAAGGCACGAGGAAAAGGCAAAGACACAACAACAACCAAAGGACAACCAAGUGAACAACGCUCCAUAGCUUCUGCUUCAGGAACAACAGCAAAGGUUAAAGAUUCAUUUUCAAAGGCGUUCCGUGGAGAUAAGAAGCAUCAUGGAGUGCGAGAAACUUUGGAGAGAAAAUUAAUGUUCGCCACAACUAACCCCAUUGGGAAAGACAAGAGAGUUGUGAAUUCAACAGAUGAAGGCACAAGGAAUGUGUCUAGCUCAAGCAUAUCACCAGAAAAACCUGUCUCAUUCAGUGGUGAAAAGGCUCCUCCACUACCUAAAGGCAUCAAAGAUGAUAUCACAAAGUUUGUUCACAAACUAACAGCCUCUGUGCACCCUACACAACACAUGGAUGACAAACAGUUUAGUGUCAUAACCUUGGUUGGUGACAAUAGAGGAGCCACAAUGCACCUAGGUUCAGAGUCAGCUAAGAAAGAGGGUUCAAUCCACAUACACCGAGCCUACAAGAGUGAUCCUGAUGAGGCCAACGAGGUGACCACUGAUGGAGAAGAAAACACCAAUGAAGAAGAAGAGGAGGAGGUGGGGAUGGCAUAUGUCAACAGCAACAUACAAAGUAUCAAUAACUCACUCAUGUUUCAUGGUACAAUAUCUGAAAGAGACCCUGGUGUUCAAAUUACUCUCCCACAAAAGCCCACUGAGCCCAUCAGGCCCCAUGAUAAGCCUAAGCCUGGCUUGGAAACUCAGAAGACUCAGUUCAACAUCAACCGGGCUGAAAAGUCAACGUACCAACCUACGGUUGGAAGAAGCAUCAGAGGCCCUUUCCUUGAAUCAAACGACAAACGCCAGCGUCAAGGUUGCAAGUUCAGUUGUGGCAAGGAUAUUGAAGACAUUGAGAUUCUGUGA